GUUUCCCACCGGCUGGAUGGCCCGAGAAGGGUUCCAAGUCUUAGUUCGCUUUCGCCGUCCCAUCGGCGAUGUGGCCCCCCUGGAGGUCCACACCACCGGAUUCCCUGCCGAGUUCCGUCUCGAGGUUUUCACCAUUGAGGAUGGAGACGCGGAUGCGAUCUUCCUUGAGAAGAUUCCGGCGGAUCUGUUUCAGGUUCCACUCCCUGAUCCGGAGUCCGAAACGCUGCAGGUGGUGACAGAGGGCAUCGUGGGCGCUUUUGGCGGCUCUGAGGUCUUGGGUUAUCAGUACUCUCACGACCUUGUUCCCACCAUCUUCAGCGCCCAGCCCACCCAUGUGAACGCCACGGACCACCUAACUUUGGUCAUCAGCGGCCUGCAGCGGAAUUCCUCGGACGGCUGGGUGGACGACCUGCAAAUUCUCAUCGGUGACGAUGCCGGGCUUUGCGGUGACCUCCAGGAAGUCCAGGACUCUGACAACGACACCGCAGUGGAAGCGGGGAUCACAGUCAUCUGCAAGCUCUCCGAUGCUGCAGCCGGGGAGCACCAGGUGCACCUCAUCUCCGUCUCACAAGGCAAGGCGAACCCAGAUACAGCACCAUUGAUCUCAGUGGAUCUCGUGCUCGAGGAUUUCCAGCCACACUUCGGAUCUCUUGCGGGCGGUACGCUUCUGCGGCUAUCAGGAAGCGGCGUGCGAAAUCUGCAGUGUUCCGACGUCCUCGUAGGGGGCCGUCAAUGCUCUCAGCCUUUCCUGGGGGCUGCACCUAUAGCCUCCGGCAAGGCUUCGCUGUUCUGCCUCACGCCUCCGUCCGCCUCCUUCGACGCGGCCGAUGCAUCCACUUGGGUAGAUGCAGCAAUGCCGGUGACGAUCGCACAGCCACCGCGGAGCGCAUCGGUGGUGCGCGGAGAGUUCGUGUACAAGCUUGGAUCCACUCCGAUCGUGCAGGCUCUGUCACCGGCGGUGCAGUCGGCAGCGGUCAGCGCGACGUUUCUGCUUCAGGGCAGCAAUCUCGGGUCCUCGGACGACGAGGUGGCACUGGUGCGGUUCGGACCGCGAGAGGCCAAGGUCAUCGCGCAGACUUCAUCUGCUCUGGAGGUGUGGCUGCAAAGGGCUGCCCCCGAGGCCCCUGCCGAGCCGAUGUUCGAGCCCAGCGUGUGGAUGUCGACGAAGGGUUUCGCAGCCGUUGUGCCUGGAGCAGUCUUGGAGUCCCGCUUCGAGGUCACCUCGGUGGGACCUCUCCGGGCAUCCAAAGCAGGAGGAGUCGUGCUGUCCAUUGCCGGAGCGGGGUUUCACCCCGAGUCUGGGAAGCAUCUCAUUUCGCUCUCGCCAGCUGAUGGUGCCCAUGCGUUGGAAUGUUUGGUGAUUGCCGGCAACUCGACGAACCUGGACUGCCGACUGCAGGGCUCUGCUGCAAAGAUCGUGGCCCAGCAGUUGCCAACGGAGGAGAACAGCGUGGGGACCAUGAGGCGCUUGUCGGCGAAGCGACAAGCUCCGAGCCGGCCCCUGCAGUGCCAAGCGGGCGCCGACGAUCGAUCCAAGGUCCGAUGCUUCGCCAAAGCGCUGGCCAAUGCGGGCAGCGUGAGAUCGCAGCCGUCGGAAACCGCCUCGGGGCGAGUCAGCGAAGCUUUGGAUUUCCUCCGACGAGUGGAGGCUGCCGACCUGGCAAUUGAGAUGGGAGACGCCGUUUUCGAGGAUGCUGUGGCAAUGGACGGAGGAUAUGGAGACCGAGGAGCGUACGAAGAUGGCUAUAGCAGCGACGGAGACGGAUACGGGGACCAGUACGAUCCUGUAGCAGAUCCGGAGCACGGCAUAGAUGACGCUUCUAGGCGCCUUCGGGAUGCUCGGGCUUCGGUACCGAUUGAGAUUCAGAUUCGGCCGCGCUGGGGCGUCGAGAGCGACGCGGCGGAAGAUUUCCGCUUGGCCCACAUGCGCCCCAUCCGGAAGAGGAGGUCUCGUCAGCGUGAUCCCCCGGCUGCGCAGUUGCCACGAAGGCUCAUGUCCGAAGAAGACGAGGACGCUGAUCUCAACGAUACGUCCAGCGACCCGAACGCCGCGGAAGAGACGGAGGUGGGCAGCGAUGACUCAGACGAGACCGAGGACUCAGAUGGCUCGAAGCAAGUGGCCGCUGCCUCUCCCAGCGACGACUCGGAGGAAGCAGAGGACUCAGAUGGCUCCAAGCAGAUGACCUCCGAAGGCACCGGGAGCUCGGAGCUGGGUAGCGACGACUCGGACGAGCCCGAGGACUCAGAUGGCCACGUGCCAGCUGUCAGCACCAUCAAGCCAUCGACCACGAAGGCAGUGGUUCCACCAAACCUCGCGAUCUCUGGGAUUCUGGACCUUAACGACUCCGCACUGGAGGAUUUUGACGCCAACGCAAGCGACCUCAACGCAAGCGACGAGUCAGACAACUUAACGGAGGAAGACGAGAAUGCGAGCAACAGCAGCAACAGCAGUGACCUCAAUGCUCCGACUUCUGUCGACGAGGAGCCGGCCGAGGAGGCCAUCGACAUCGACGAGAGCUUCAGCCUUACUCUGUCCCUGAACGGCGUCCGUGCACGCUGCAAGGCCGAAAGUGGCUGUGGACUGGUUCUGUCUGGCCAAGAGACACCCCUUCUGACUGCUGUGAGCCCCCUCAACGGCUCCUAUGCCGACGGCGUUGAUGUGGAGCUGACCCUGUUCAGCGCAGAGGAGCCAGAAGGCGUUUCAGUCCGCUUUGGCGAGCAGCUGUGUCCCGAUGUGCAGAUCCGGAACCUCACAGAAGGGGGCUCUUGGUGGUCUUUGUCGCUGCCUUUGUGCACCUUCGAAGCCUCCAACGUGCCAAUCUACGUCCACACGGCUCUUGGCUAUGCCCUCUUUGCAUCGCCAUUCACCGGGGCGGACUUCCACUUCACGCAGCAUCUGCGCCUGUCUUCCGUGUACCCUUUGAAUGGAUCCUUCUACGGCGGGACGACAAUUACUAUCUCCGGUGUUGGAUUCGGAGCUUCGCCGAGCAUGAACCUCGUCACAGUUGGCCAGGUUCCAUGUCAAGUGCUAUCCGCCUCCUAUGAUGAGAUUCGGUGCCUCGUCCCGCCUGCGCCGGAGGAGUUGCAGGAGGAGGAGAACCGGACGAAGAAUAUCACAGUCCGUGUGAUGACGGCGAGUCAGGAUCUGCAGCCAGGGUUGCGUGGAGAGUACUUCUUUUUUAGCCAGGGAAGCAGUCUCCCCAGCUUCGAUGGGCGGGGGGCCGACCUCGUUCGGGUGGAUCCGACGCUGAACUUCCCGCGGCUGAGAGCUUCCUGGGAGGGGAUGUCGGUGUCGGAUCACUUCGCCGUUCGGUGGACCGGUUUCCUUCGAGUUCACAGGGCUGGGAUGUACAGGUUCUUCAUCGGUUCAGAUGACGGGAGCCAGCUGUUCAUCAAUGGUGAGAUGGUCAUCAAUCACGACAGGCUCCACGGCUUCAGUGAGCGAAGUAGCCUCGACACGAUGUUCCAGGGCGAGAGCGUGCAUAUGGUGACGGUGCUCUUCUUCGAGAAGACGGGCGACGCAGGAUGUGUUCUGAAGUACCAGGGUCCGGAUACGGGCGGCGAGAAGAUCGUGGUACCUGCUGCCGUACUGUCGCAUGCGCGAUACCAGGAGUCUCCGACCCUAUCCUACACCUACGACGCUCCGGAAGCUGCGCCCAUGGUGGAGCAGCUCCUGGAAGCUCCUGACGGCACGGAAGUCGUGCUGCAGGGCCGCAACUUUGGGGUUUCGGGAAAUGUGGCCAUCGGCACAGCCAGCAACCCCGCAACGAACUUCCAGUGCCAGACACUGAACUGGACCGACACGCGGGUCACCUGCGCGCGGCCGCAGCUUCCGUCGGGGGUCUGGCAGGUGCGCCUUUUCUCGGACAGCUAUGGCUGGUCCAACGCUGCAGCAGAUGGGCUUUGGGUGGGGCUCCAUGUGGCCUCUGUGGAAGCAAACGGCAUCUCAGUGGACGCCGACUCCGACAAGGAGCCUUGGGUCUUGAUCAUGAAGUUCUCCGACGGCGAAGACCUCGGCUAUGAGUCGCCGCUGUGGGAAAACACGGAGCUCUUGAAUGCCGACUCGCCGGAAGGAGUUCCCGUGAAUGCCAAGUACCCGACGUAUUUGGACCUGCCAUUCACACAUCUGCGGGCCUGUGUGGGCAGCCCGCAUGGCCAUUGUGUGCAUCAUCGAUUCGCGACGCCGUGGGCCAGUGCCAGAGAGCUGUUUUCCACGGGCUACGUGCGAGACAGCACGGUGGAUCAAGCCGGGUUCGUGCAAGCAUUCGGAGCCUCACCCAGCAGCUACCGGACCUGUCCCAUGCUAUACCCGGGCUUCAAUGUGGAGUGUCCGCACCGCAACAAGGCGCGUUGGGGCUUCUGCGCCAACUGCGCUUCCAAGACCUGCAGGGACGAGUCCGAGGCAGAUGCUGCCGUUGGCAUCGGUUUGAAAGGUGAGGGCGUCCACGCCCGUGGUGCGGGCUGGACGCCGCUCUUUGCGAGUGGGGCGGGAAGCUGUAGCUACUCCGUGGAUGCAUCCCAGAAUGUGUGGCUUUGGGUUGCGAACGCAACUGCCGAG